GUGCCCCGCGCGGCCCCGCCGGAGCCGCAAGAUGGCGGACACAAUGAGGAGGAGCCGCCUCUCCGCGGCCUGAGCGUGCCGCGCCCGCCGCCCCUCACGGCCUCUCGCCGCCCCUCACGGCCCCCCGCCGCUCCCCGCCGUCCCUCACGGCCUCUCGCUGCCUCCCGCCGCCCCUCGUUGCCCCCCUGCCGCCUCUCACCGCCCCGCCGGGCCCAGCCCGGCCCGCGCGCCCCCGCCGCCGCCCCGGCGCCCCGCCCGGCUCUUCCCUGAGCGCCGCCGCCCUCGGCGCGGCGCGGCCCGGCGGCCGGGAUGAAGCUGACGGACAACGUGCUGCGGAGCUUCCGCGUGGCCAAGGUCUUCCGCGAGAACUCGGACAAGAUCAACUGCUUCGACUUCAGCCCCAACGGCGAGACCGUCAUCUCCAGCAGCGACGAUGACUCCAUCGUGCUCUACGACUGCCAGGAGGGCAAACCAAAGAGAACGUUGUACAGUAAGAAGUAUGGAGUGGAUCUCAUCAGGUACACACAUGCUGCCAACACUGUCGUGUACAGCUCCAACAAAAUAGAUGAUACAAUCCGAUACCUCUCCCUGCAUGACAACAAAUACAUUCGGUAUUUCCCAGGGCACACAAAAAGAGUGGUUGCUCUUUCAAUGUCUCCAGUGGAUGAUACUUUUAUUUCUGGAUCCCUCGAUAAAACUAUUCGACUUUGGGAUCUCCGCUCUCCCAACUGCCAGGGCUUAAUGCAUCUCCAGGGGAAGCCUGUGUGUUCUUUUGACCCAGAAGGGUUGAUUUUUGCUGCUGGAGUCAAUUCUGAAAUGGUGAAGCUCUAUGACCUCCGUUCUUUUGACAAGGGGCCAUUUGCCACGUUUAAGAUGCAGUAUGAGCGGACGUGUGAGUGGACAGGCCUGAAGUUCAGCAAUGACGGGAAACUCAUCCUCAUAUCGACCAACGGCGGGUUCAUCCGGCUCAUCGAUGCCUUCAAAGGGGCUGUCCUGCACACGUUUGGGGGUUAUAACAAUAGUAAGGCUGUCACGCUGGAGGCAUCAUUCACACCAGACUCUCAGUUCAUCAUGAUAGGCUCAGAGGAUGGGAAGAUCCAUGUUUGGAAUGGAGAAAGUGGGAUGAAGGUGGCUGUCCUGGAUGGGAAACACACAGGUCCCAUAACCUGUCUGCAGUUCAAUCCAAAAUUCAUGACUUUCGCCAGCGCAUGUUCCAAUAUGGCCUUCUGGUUGCCAACUAUUGACGACUAAUUCCUCCGCUGCAGCUGCUGUUGGAUGACUUCCACACUGUAACAGCAGCACAUCAUUGCAAGCAUAGCAUUGGAAUUGCCUACGUCUCCUAGGCUGUGUUCCUGUUCCUGCAUAUUUUCCAUGUCUUACCUUUGUUUGCAGCAUUCCUUUGUGAGGACUGCUCCACACGUUCAGAAGCAGCAUGCUACAUGUUCUUAACCUUCCAGUCCGUGUCCAGCACGGCUUCAGCCCAAGCUGGAACUGACACAGUAUUAUUUCUAAGGGCGGUGAAGUCUGUUUUAUUUACAAAAUGUUUGUGGGAUUUUUUUAAAGCUGUAAUUGUGUGUUUUCCUGCUGUAAGUGCACAAGGCUAUUGAUGUUCCAAGGUGGAACGUGCAGUUCCUUUCCAUAAGUGCAUGUUUUUAACAUCUGGGAUCUCUCUGGUUUCACUGCAGUCCACAAAUGCAAAUUCUUCUGUGCCAAAUGUGAACACUGACAGUUUUCAACUUCAGCAGCAGAUGCUGAAUUCUCUUGCAGUGGAACACGCAGCAGAAGCGUGGGUGACUGUGAAUGUACCUGAUACAUCUCGUCAUCCUUUUUUGGAGAUUUAGAGUGCAACUGUACAGGUUUUGUCUGCUGCCAGAGGUUGCCAAAGCCUCCCUGCUGUUUGCUGUGCCAGCAUCCCGGAGGCACAGACAGCACUAGUGAGGUCCAGCCAGUGUCCCAAGCAAUAAAGGAGUCUGUCAGCAGGAAGACGGAGAAACCAAACUGAGACUGAAAGCACAGUCUGCCUGUGUAUCUUCCUUAUGUACCAUCUUGGCUGAUCUUACUUGUAAAUAUCGUGGGGUGGGUGGGCAGUGGGAAUGGGCCAUAUUUUUUUACUUUUAGAUAUAAAAGAAUAUGAUGUGGGCCAGUAUUGUGGAGUGUCUAGGCUGUUUACCUUCACUGAUGCAGUUUUUCACCCCAUGGUUUGUAAAUAUGCUCCGUGAAACUCUUCCCACGUCAGGCUUAGACCCGUAUCCCUUUGUUGGUAAAACUGACAUACAGUUAGUCCAUCAUGCAGUUUGUUACAGGUCUGCAGGUCUCUGGUGGUAGCCCCUCAAGAACAAUGCAUCCUUUGUCAGAUGGUGUCUUCAAGAAAUUAAUUUUAAAAAUCUUAGGCAUGAUUGUGCUGACCCUGCUUUGCUGUGGUCUUGCUCCAAGGAAUGUCUCUGCAAAGAGAUGGGAGGAACCUGCUCUCCUACCUCAGAGGAGCUUGUGGGUGAGUGGCACAGAAAGGCUGGCAAGCUGGUCUUAGGUUGGUUCCGGUGUCUUUUUCCUGAAAUGCUGCAAUGGUGGAAUGCAUCCUCAAGCAGUCUGGGACAGGCUUGGCAAAAGUGUGGUGUUCACUGUAUUCUUGCCUUUCCAAACACACUUGGUUUUAUGUGCUGGAUCACAGCUUGGGAAGUCAGUUCUUCUCCUUGCCUGGUCACAUGUGCCACCCUGCUCAUAAAUAUGAAAUGCUGGCAAGGUGGCCAGACAGUAAUGGGUGUGUUCUCUCUGCUCUGGAGUGCUGGUCCGUGCUGUGAACUGUGCUCCAGUGUUUUCCUUAGGUCAGUUGUCCUCACGUUCCCCCGUUACAGCAAAGUUCGUUGUUUCAGCUGUGGGGCCCUGUCUGUCAUUCACAUCAUGUCUUCCUGGAAAAGUAAAUCUGCUUGUGUUUUGCAUUUUCUUGCCUUUUGUCCUUGUCAGUGGAACCAUGCUGUGCUAAGAGCUGGCGAUGGGCACUGAGCAUUUCUGCACUGCUGGUUCUGUUCACAGCAGCGUGUGCAGAGCCUGUGACAGCGGCAGGAGCAGCCCCUCAGGAGGCUCAGAACGUGGGGCUUGGAUCCCUGCUGUGGCUUGUCCCUGCUGAUGCUGCCACAGGAGGCAUUUCUAACCACAGAUCUGUGCUGUGAGUUUGAUGUCUUCUGGCAAACUGAUGGAUGCUUUCCCUCUUGCCACACAGGCCUGCUGCUGGAGGUGCAGACAAGAGGUUCAUGCUGUCCCUCUUCCAAUACUGUCCCUCUGCUGCCUAUAAAUGCAACUGCCCAGUGCAAAGGGAGAUGGUUGUCUCAGGCUUCAGCCACUCCAACUCAGUAGUAAUGCAUUUCAGGCUGCGUGGUGCUGUUUUACCUUUGUUGGUAUUUUGCAGUGGUUUGUAAUAUGCAGCUAUUUGGGGUUUGUAGUGCAUCUUAACAGUUAAACUUCAGCGUUCAGUAGUAAAUGAUCUUGGAGAAUUUUAUCAAGUGUGUUGCCUGAGGAAGUGAACAGAUAGCCUCUGGCCAUAUCCCUUGUUCCUUUUCACAAGGAAGCUUUUGAAAGUCUUUUAUUUUACAAAUGUUCUUUGCUGAGGUGGUUUGAGCACUUGUUUAAAGCCUGUUGUUCAGCUCUCUUCUGCUUGCAAUGUUGUGAAAGAUAGUGAGUGGUGGCAUGAAAUGUUUAAGGAAAAGGGGACCAGAGGAGUGGUUUAGGAGCACUCAGUGGCUUUCUGGAGUGAAGAGAGGGAUGUACAGGCUCGUGGACAACAGCACUAGUGCUCAGUUCAGGAUUACAGCUGAGCCUUCCCAGGACCCAUUUCCACCCACACAGGCAGAGAUGUUUCUGUUGAUGUAGCACCGAGUGUUUUCCAUCUGCCUUUAAAAAUAGGAAAUGUGCCAAGUAUUGUCAAGGAACUUCAGGAUAAUGUGUUUCUAGAUGGUUAGACAGGAAAGGUGAAUAAAGCUUUUAGCUUCCAGCUUCUGUGUGCUUCUCUAGGAGUCUCAGGGCUGCAAUUCCUGUGUCCCUCAGGGCUAUCAGCUAAUGAGAAAUAGACCUCAAGAAAAACAGCCCUUCCAGGUCUAACGGAGUGGCCAACUAAGACAAGCAGGAAACAGCAUUCCCCCUCCCAGUUUGACAUUUAAAAGGUGAAUGCCUCCUUAUUCUUUGGGAUGAAAUAAAGACCUUUCUUCAAAACAAGGGGGAAGUGAGACUCAACAACCCACCUCUGAAUAAGCAGUGGUGGUGGCUGAGCACGUCUGCCUGUGGGAGAUUUCACAUGUAAUCCUCAAAGUCAGUCUUGAGAGAUUUUUAUGAUUUUUAUUGAAGUGCUCAGGUCCUUGGUUAAUGUCCCAACACCUGCUCUGGGGAACACAGGAGUGAUUCAGUGACAAAUUUGGAAACAGCAGCAUAUCUUUUCCAAUGCCUCUUGACUGUAUUAGCACUUUAAGAGACUUCACCUUGGUUUUGGGUCAGGGGCUGGGAACCUGGUGAGCCUUUUGGAAACUUGGUCUCUGUGGUCGUGAGCUGCUAUGGGGAGUUGGACUCCUCAAUGGUAUCUCCCAGAUGAGUGUAAGUACAUAAAGUCAAAUUAUGCUUUGUCACAAAAUACUACAUACAUGGAGAAUUCGGUGUUGUGGCUGUGACCAAUAAAUAUUUUGUAGAGACAUCA